AUGGUACCUUUCAAGCUGACAAAUAAGGUACCUACGGACACGGGACCUUCUCUGAUUUCAGCGCAAAGUGUACCCAGACCAAUAGUUUUUAUGGAUAAUCGAAACAAUACGCGAAUAGUAACACCUACGCUACCUCCAAACCAGCAUAGAGGCAUAUCAGGCGCGUCGACUGCUCUUCCCUGGUCUCCAGAGAGUAAGAAUACAGGGAAGUAUAUUUGGAAUAGGGUCAAACUAAAAAACUCUCCGUUUCCCCGUUAUCGACACUCUUCCUCAUUUAUUGUUACGAAUGAUAACAGGAUUUUUGUGACCGGUGGACUUCACGAUCAAUCGGUAUAUGGGGAUGUCUGGCAAAUAGCCGCUAACGCGGAUGGUACGAGCUUUACUUCCAAGAGAAUCGAUAUUGAUCAAAAUACACCUCCCCCAAGAGUGGGACAUGCCUCUACUAUAUGCGGUAAUGCCUAUGUUGUGUUUGGUGGCGACACACACAAGCUGAAUAAGAACGGACUGUUGGAUGAUGAUCUUUAUCUUUUCAAUAUUAAUUCUUAUAAGUGGACCAUACCACAACCUAUCGGCCGUAGGCCGUUGGGCAGGUACGGCCAUAAAAUUUCUAUAAUUGCUAGCAACCCUAUGCAAACUAAACUAUAUCUUUUUGGCGGACAAGUAGAUGAAACUUAUUUUAACGAUCUGGUCGUCUUUGAUUUAUCAUCAUUCCGUAGGCCGAAUUCUCAUUGGGAAUUUUUAGAGCCUGUCGGCGACCUGCCUCCUCCUUUAACAAAUCAUACAAUGGUGGCAUAUGACAACAAAUUAUGGGUAUUCGGCGGGGAAACUCCCAAGACAAUAAGCAAUGAUACAUACCGCUACGAUCCAGCACAAAGUGAGUGGUCUAAAGUUAAAACCACAGGAGAAAAGCCUCCGCCAAUACAAGAGCAUGCUAGUGUGGUGUAUAAACAUUUAAUGUGUGUGUUAGGCGGUAAGGAUACCCAUAACGCAUAUUCCAACGAUGUCUAUUUUUUAAACUUAUUAUCGCUAAAAUGGUAUAAGCUUCCCCGUAUGAAGGAGGGCAUACCUCAAGAACGCUCUGGACAUUCUUUAACCUUAAUGAAGAAUGAGAAGCUUCUUAUCAUGGGUGGCGACAAAACUGACUAUGCCAGCCCAAAUAUUCACGAUCUACAAACUUCAGAAACUGACCAAGGCGAAGGAACUUUACUGUAUACCUUAGAUUUAUCAUCUUUGAAUGAGCUAUGCCCAGGAAUAAUGUGUGAAUCACUACAUGCAGGAGAAAGUUUUUCUAAUAGUCUUUCCGGGGGCUUUACACCCUCUAAGUCUACCGAAAGUGAAAAUCAAGAGAUAAUAAACAUUCUUACACCAAGAUUGCCUGAUAGCAAAGUUUUGAGUUAUAAUGAUAUUGAUGAAGGGGCUGGAAGUUACUCCAGCGCUUUGGAUGAUAAGGCAUUUGAACGAAAAUCAGAUAGGGAGGAAAAGAAACCCCAAUCUUCCAAAGUUGAUUCAAGCAUCAAUAAGGAAAGUCCGGGAACUGGUAUCAAAGUAUCUAAAAAAAAUUUCCCUGUUCUACGAGGACUAACAGUGGAUUCAGAAGAGUAUGGCUCUUCUUCAUAUAAGGACACAUCAUGUCAAAAAGGAAUUCCCAAAAAUCUUUUUGAUGAUUUAAACCUGAACCUACAAACAUUACGUCUCGAAGCUCAACAAAAGGAACUUGAAACUGCUAGACAUAUUUCACAAUUAGAAAAGGAAGUCCAGAGACUCAUGGUAAUAAAAGAAGCUUCAAAAGAUUCAAAUUUUCAAACAGCACGGCUUAAAAAUCUAGAAAUUCAGAAAACCUUUUUAGAAUCUAGAAUUAAUGAUUUAAAAAAUUUAUUGAUGGUCAAAUUAUCUCAGGCAAGUAAACUCUGUGACCAAAUUACGAUUCAAAAUAAUGGACUUAAAACAUGCUCCGAACAUGUCACUAUUAAAAGGGAUAUCAUCGAUCUUGAGAAUAAAUGUGAUGUUUUGAAGCGCCAGAACGAAAUACUUGUAAAUAAUAUGCAAAAAAUAACCCCCGAACUUCAUACCUAUUUGAACGAAUCGUCCUGCUAUCUGGGUAAAUUAUUAAAAAGCUAUCCUACCAGUGCACGGCCACCUUCAAGUGAGAAAGAUAAUCAAAUAUAUGAGAAAGAUUCGCUGAACAAAAUAGAAAAAGUAAUAAAUGAAAUGCACGAAACCGUGCGUGCUAAAGAGAAAUUGCACCUUGAAACUCAGAAGCUUAAUGAUGAAAGAGAUUCUUUGCGGGCUAAUUUACUCGACAAUAACAACAAGUUGGAUGCGCUAAGAAAACUCUCUGAUGGAAGCUCGAAGUCUAUGGACCUAACAAAGAAGGCUAUUCACCUAUCACAAUCCGAGCUCGAAAAAUAUCGUAAAAACAACGACGAUUUACAGAAGGAGAUUGAUAGAAUUAAAACUGAACAAGCUGAACAGGAUGACAAGCAGGAACAGCGUGGCGCCAUCACUCAUGGAAAUUUUGAUGCGUUCCACAGAAUGAAAAUCAACAAUCUGAAAGCGGAACUGUAUAUGUCGAAAGAAAAUAGAGAUUCCCUCAAGGACGAACUGCUAGCUUUAAAAAAAAAACUAUAUACUCUCGAACAAAAAAAAUAG